AUGGACAGAAAAAGAAGCGAUGUAUGGAAUCAUUAUUCGGUUAUUGACAGUGGAAUGGCUAAAUGUUCGUAUUGUUCAAAUUCGGUGUCUUAUAAAGGCGGAUCAACUUCAAACUUAAGUAAACACUUAAAACGAAAACACAUAAUUCAAAAUGAAAGUAGAAAACAUCCUCGUAUUAAUGAAAUGAUUGAACAAAAUGUUGACGAACCGAGUAAGCAAAAUACACCAGAAACAAAUAAUGAUCAAAACCAACCUUCUACAUCAAUCAAUGCAAUUAAUGUCAUAAAUAAAUCUCGUCCCAUACAAAAAAGUGUAUAUUCGUAUUUUAUGAACGAUAAACCACUUUCUGUUUCAAAACAAAACAAAAUUGAUGAACAACUAGCAGUUAUGAUUUCAAAAGAAUUCCAACCUUUCAGUUUAGUUGAAAGUGUUGAAUUUAAAAAAUUCAUAUAUUUAUUAAAUCCUGGGUAUCUGGUACCAUCAAGGAAAACUCUUUCAAAAUCUAUUUUACCACAGUUAUAUGAGAAAACAAAAGAAAAAGUUAGAAAUAAUUUAUUGAAUGCCAAAUAUAUUUCAUUUACAACUGAUGGCUGGACUUCCAUAAAUAAUGAUAGUUUUAUUGCUGUCACUGUACAUUUUAUCGAUCCAGAAGAAUGUGUUUUAAAAACAUUUUUACUUGGAUGUUUUAACGUGGUGGAAUCCCACACAGCUCUAAAUUUGUCAUUAUUUUUAAAUAAUUGUUUUAAAGACUGGAAUAUAACAGAAAAAGUAAAAGUUGCUGUGAGUGACAAUGCUGCAAAUAUAACAUCAGCAAUCGGCAUGAAUCAAAAUUGGCACCAUAUUCCCUGUUUAGCGCACACAUUAGAUCUAAUUGCACAAUCUGGACUAGGUGAAAUAAAAAACGUUCACAAAAAAGUAAAAUCCAUCGUUGAAUAUUUUAAACGAAGUACAAAAGCAAAUUUAAGACUUAAAAAUGCACAAAAACAAAUGGGAUACCCGGAAUUAAAGUUAAUUCAAGACGUUUGUACGCGGUGGAACUCCACGUAUGACAUGUUUCAACGGUGUAUCGAUAAUAAAGAACCUCUUAUGUAUACAAUUGCAAAAAUAGGUAAUAUGGAUAAUUUAGUACACGAAGACUUUGAACUAAUAAAACACUACUGUGCGAUAUUUAAACCGUUUAAAGAAGUUACUAUCGAACUAAGUAGCGAAAAAGGCAUUUCGAUUUCAAAAGUGUUAAUUUUAAUAAAAGCGUUACAUUCACAUAUAAAAAAUAAAGAAAAAGAACCAAAUUUACCAAAUGCUAUACAUUUGAUGCUUUCUAAAAUGGUAAUAAAAGCAAAUGCUAAAUUUGAAAAUAUUGAAAACCAGUCUAUUUUAACAGAAGCAACUAUUUUAGACCCGCGGUUUAAAAAAGAAGCAUUUAAUAAUCCGUAUACAUAUCAAAAAACAUACGAAAAGAUAGUAAAAAAAGUUUCAAAAAUUAUUCGUUUAAAUCAAAGUCCAGCAGAAAAUGAAGAAAAUGAGAAAACCAUACCGACCUAUCGAGAAAACGAAACUUCUGAAAUUUGGCAACAGUUUGACUCUCAGGUGUCUACUUCAAUUUCAGUCAACACACCAACAUCUGAGGCUAUUGUGGAGUUGGAUAGAUAUUUGAAUGAACCUAUACUAGACCGAAAAUCAGAUCCUCUUAAAUGGUGGAAUGACAGAAAAAAAAUCUAUCCAAAUUUAUUUGAUUUUAUGUUAUUGCGUUUGUGUGUACCAUCAACAUCAGUUCCGAGUGAAAGGACCUUUUCAAAAGCUGACGACACCAUUUCCGAAAGACGUAAUAGAUUUUCAACAAACAAUUUGGAAAUGUUGAUAUUUUUAAACAGUAAUUAUUAA